GGACCGUGCUUCGCCCGUGGCCCGUGCCUCGCCCGUGGCCCGUGCCAGAACAUUCGUCGACGGGGCUGCGAGUACCUGGACCAGCUGCCGCCGUAGCCUCCGUGAAGAAGGCCGAGUGCGUCGUCCAACGGGGCGUAGCGGCCUACUGCACGCGGCUUGCGCCUGCGGCUACAAAUCUUCGAGAUAGCGGCCGCACGUCCGGACAGAAGCAAUGUCGAACACUAACGUCUCCCGCCCACCUUCCCAAGUAAGCGUGACGGGAUCCGGCAGCUCGAACUCACGCAUAGAAGUGAGCACGGUGCAAGUAAACGAGGACGAGCAGGGCGGUAACUUGACCAUCUACGGUGGAGGUCAUUACAACAUCCGGACCACCAUCUCGAAAGAAGGCACUAACUACCAUAUCGCGGACCCGAGUGGCCAGGUGAAGAACAUCAACUUACCGAAUACACGCCCACCGUCAGGCUUGCAAGGCAAGUACGAGAAGCGAGUGAUAAUCGAUAAUGGCGUUGAGACCAUCGAGGAGUACCAGAACGACCGGCUUGUGAGCCGCACCGUCAACGGAGUUGCACAGCCAGUGUCCUGAAGAACGGGAAGUGAUGCAACUCGCAGCCCACAACUUCACUCUCGAACGCUCUUUGCAAAUAAAUUAGGUCGUCAUGACGGUGACUCAUUAAAGACAGUGGCCGAACCACC